UGUCAUUAUUGUUUAAUAGAAGAAAAUAAAAGCAUCAAAUAUUAUUUGAUAAUUGUGGAAUAAAAAUAUUGAAUUAUUUCUAAAAGUAAAGGUUUUAACAUUAAGAAAAAUGGACACAAGUGUUGAUUGGCACUUAGUGUGCUUAGUUUGCUUGCAAGAAGGAAUAAUGCAUUCUAUAUAUGAUGAGGAUGAAACAGGGUUAAAAUUAAAUGAAAAAAUAAAAAAAUGCACAAAUAUUGACUUCAGUUUAGAAUCUGAUUUUCCAGAGCAAAUUUGUGAUUCAUGUUUAUCUGAUUUAACAGCAGCAUUUAGAUUUCGAACAAAUUGUGAAAAUUCCCAGCAAAUUAUAAAAUCACUUUUUGUUGAUGAUGGUAAAGAAAGUGGAAAUGAAUUAGAUGAAAUUAAACCGGAUAAUAUUGAGAAACUAGAUUCCAAUUCAAUAUUGUUAACUCCAAAAAAGCGAUAUACUAAAGAUGCUGGAAUUCGUACAAAAAUUAAUAUUAAGCAGGAAGUUUCACAAGACGAAUAUGAAGAAGAAAAUGAACCACUUAAUAAUAUAGAUGAUGAUUUAGAUGAAGAUAUAUUUCCUAAUCUAACGGAAUUCUUAAAAAAAAAAGCUAACCAAACAAAAAACCUGCACUCCUCAUCAAGCGCAGAUACAUAUAUUACGAAAACAAAAACAAGAAGUAAAGUUAAACCGCCAAAACGAUAUAUUGAUUCUCCAGAACCAAAACGUAGAAUGAAGAGAGAUGAUACUUUGUCAAGUAUAGUAAUUAGUAAAAAUCCAAAGCGAAAUAAAAAAAAUGAAAGCGAAUCUCCCCGCAUUCCAAAGACAUCAUCUCUUGAAUAUAUUGAUAAAAAUGAAAAGCUUGUUUGCGAAUUGUGCGGUAACACGUACAAACAUGCAAAUGCUUUAAGAGUUCAUAUGUUGAGGCAUGAAAAUGUUAGGAAAUUUCAGUGCGAGCUUUGUCCAAAGGCAUUCGUUGCAGAUACUGAUUUAAAAAGGCAUAUGAGAGUUCACACUGGUGAAAAACCUUAUGCAUGUAAAUUUUGUGAUCGUAGAUUUUCUGAUUUCGGAAGUCGUGGUAAACAUGAAAGAACUCAUACUGGUGAAAGGCCUUACAAGUGUCAGAGAUGUAAUAAAUCAUUUUCAUACUCACAUGUUUUAAAUGUGCAUCAGCUUGUUCAUACUGGGAUAAAAAAAUUUAAAUGUAAUAUUUGUGAAAAGGGCUUUACUAAGAAAUUAUACCUCGACAAUCAUAUGAAAAAUCAUGCAUGUGAAAUGCAGUAUGAAGCACAUGAGAUCAAAGGAAAUUUAGACGACGGGAAAGAAAUUAAAUUGGAUGUGGAUAGCAAUUAUGAACCUGAUUUGAGUGAAGCACUGGAAGUUCAAGUUCAGCAAAGUACGGCGCAACCUAUCCAAAUUCGUGGGCAACAAAAGUCCGUAUUUACAAUUGUUAAAACUGAAUCAGGAUUAGCAGAAGUACAAUAUUAUUUGCCAGUUGUAGAUUAAAACCGUAUUUUCCGUUUUUAAAUGAAUAUGUUACUUUUUUAUUUCCAUAAUAAGAGCAUAAUUUUAAUAUCAAAAGCAAAA